CCGUGUCUGCUAUGGCUUCUUUGGUGAUUGCCGAAAUAGACCCCAGCAGUUCUCAACUUCAGGGCUCUUCGUUGGCAGCCAUAACGGCCACCUCACAAAUUACCUCAAAGAUAGGUUCACAAGAAAAUGAUAUUCAUCUUCUUAUAGCUGGCUAUUCUUCUGAUUCGGAAGCAGUGAACAAGGCCAAAGAAAUUCCACAAGUAUCAAAGAUAUAUGUGGUGCCUCCCAACGAAACUUCUGAAAAGUUAUUCAAAUACGGAGUAGCAGAGUGGUUGGCUCCUUGUAUCCAGCAAUUGCAUGAAAAGUAUAAGUUUUCACAUAUAGUUGCGGGAGCUUCUACUUUUGGAAAAAAUGUUAUGCCUCGUGUUGCAGCUGGGCUCCAAGUUUCACAAGUUUCAGAUGUUACCGGAGUAGAAGCUUCUGAUGUGUUUAUUAGACCCAUAUAUGCCGGUAAUGCCCUAUCCAAGGUAAAGUGUACUGAUCCUGUCAAAGUACUGACAGUGAGAAGUACGGCUUUUGAAAAGGCUGUUUUGAAGGAAGCUCAACAGUUACCGGUGGAAGAGUUAUCUUUUACUCCAGACACGAAUGCGUCCAAAUGCGUAAGUUGGCUUUCUGAAGAAGUCAGUCAAUCAGAAAGACCCGACUUGACGAGUGCACGAGUGGUAAUUUCUGGUGGACGUGGAUUAAAAAAUGCAGAAAACUUUAAGAUCUUGGAAGCGUUGGCUGAUAAACUAGGAGCUGCAAUAGGAGCAAGUCGGGCUGCAGUCGAUGCUGGGUUUUGUCCAAACGAAAUGCAAGUUGGUCAGACGGGUAAAGCGGUUGCUCCAGAACUAUACAUUGCGGUUGGUAUUAGUGGAGCUAUUCAGCACUUGGCGGGCAUGAAAGAUAGCAAAGUCAUUGUUGCUAUCAACAAAGAUCCAGAUGCGCCCAUAUUUCAAGUUGCGGAUUACGGCCUUGUUGCAGAUCUUUUUGAAGCCGUUCCUGAAAUGACGAAACUGUUGGAUCAAAAUGCAAAGACAGCUGUCCAUUCCUAGUAGGAUGGAAUAGGAAAGUGUAAGACUUGUAUUAGAAUAAA